UGUGACAAUAAAAGAGGUAAAAUAAGAUAAGGUGAUAUCCAAGAUUUGGAUGGAUUAUGAUGUUUUAUUCACUUCAAUCGGGCCCAAUAAUUUAUUUUGAGAUAAAUUCAGAUGAAACUAAUUAAUAUAAUCUUCCACCAAAUCUACAUAUUCACAACAUCAAUAAAAAAGUUAUUUAGCUAUCAAGAUUUUCUCAACAAACUAUGUUCAACUUCAACAUUCGCCACAACAACCUCUUUCCUCUAACUCAAACAAACUAACAACAAAGUAUCUGUUUCAAAAACAGGUGGUUUUCUGUUACUAUAGCUAUGAAUUUAAAUGCUGAUGCUGUUUUAUUUGAUCAUCAUGAGAAUGGGGUUUUGGGGUUUAACUCUAUAAUAAGGUUUAAUGUUAACGUUGGUCUCUCUUGUUCUCAAACCCUAAUCUGUGAUGUUGGAGGAGGAACCAAUGGUUCAAUGGACACACUUUCUGUUUCUGAAGGGAAAGUAGGAAAAUUUUCAUGUGGGUUGGUGAAAAAUGAAGAGGAGAAAAGUGUGAUUCAAUGUUCUGAUGGAGGUGCAAUGUCUGAUCAAGGUUUGGUUUUUGAAUUGAAUGAUGGUGUUCAGGUUGAACAGCAGCGUGAGAAUGUGGGGAAAGUUGCAUUGAGUAAUGAGGUUCAAGGAGUUGAAGAUGAUGUGACUGAGCACGAACAAGAGAACGGGGCUAAAAACGUUGCUUUAAGCACGGUUGUGGAGGAUGGCGGUGUUUUAAAAGCUGCUGAUAGUUUUGUUGCUACUAAAUAUGAUCCUGAAGAUUCUCGUGUCUCAGAUGUUGCAACCUACCAAUUACAGGAUGGAGUUCCAUAUGUGGAAGGCAUGAACGUCAAAGCAGAAGAGUCUUUGAAACAGCCAGACUUUAUGUCAGUUGAUCAAGUAAAUGUGAUUCAAGACAAAACCACAUACAUCAAUAUUUCUGGAGCAGGUAUCCCGCAUAAUAGUCAAUACGAUUGCCGUGGUAUUGAUCUUGUUGUAGAUCUUAAUUCUAACAAAAACCCACAGGAGGAUGGUGUGCCCACGAAAUCUGUGUUUUCCGAUGUUAAUUAUCGUGUAUCUGAUUUAGUUUGGGGAAAGGUUCGGGGCCAUCCUUGGUGGCCUGGUCAGAUCUAUGAUCCCUCCGUUGCAUCAGAGAAGGCAAGGAUGCACUUUAAGGAAAAUUGUUACCUGAUAGCAUAUUUUGGUGAUCAAACAUUUGCUUGGAAUGAUGUGUCAGUGAUAAAGCCAUUUCAUAAACAUUUCACCGAAAUGAAGAAACAGAAUGAUUUGGAAAAUUUCCGUCAUGCUGUUGAUUGUGCUUUAGAAGAAGCCUCAAGACGCGUUGAAUUUGGCCUUUCUUGUCCUUGUAUGACCGGAGAAGUGUCUCCUAAGCUGGAGACGCAAUUAACGGCUAAUGCUGCGGCAUCUUUUGAACCUACGCAACUUGUCAAUUUUGUCAAAUCAUUAGCUCAGUCACCACUUACUGAAUUUGAUAGACUCGAGUUUGUAAGUUCUCGUGCCCAAUUGUCGGCUUUCUAUCGCUCAAAAGGCUAUUCUCAACUGCCUGAGUUUGCAAUGCUUGAUCGGUUGUUUGAGAGUGAUAUGGAAAUUCUGCCUAUAAGGGAGAAACAGCAGUGCGAUGAUCAAAUUAAUGAGCAAGUUUUGAUGAAAACCCAUGAAGUAUUCUCACAGAAGUCGCAGCACAUCUCUCAGAAUAUGAAGCAAACCGGCAAAAAGAAGAAACUUUUGUCAGAUUUAAUGUCUGAGAAGAACUCCUGGAAUCUAAAGGGCGAAUGUAUGCCAGAAAAGAAGGCUGAUGAUAAUUCAAUUUCACGGUGUGCGAGGAAACAGAAGGCAGCUCACGAUACUAAUGAAUAUUUCCAUCAUUCCCAAAUUGCUGAUGAUAAAUCAACUUCACUGUGUGGCACGAAACGGAAGGCAGCUUAUGAUACUUCUGACGAUGAUUUCCAUAGUUACCAAAUUUCUGGUAAUAACUCAACUUCACGGCGAGGAAGGAAACGAAAGCUAGCUUACAAUGCUUUUGAUGAUUGUUCCAAUAAUUACCAAACUGGAAACCACAUCCAGUUACAGAAUGUAUCGGUAGAUGAGAUGCAGUCUCAACUAUGCUUAGCUGCCAAGGAUCCUGCAGGAGAAAGUUUCUCCAGUGACAUGAUAUACUUCUUUUCAGAAUUUGAAAAGUUUACCGGCCGUAACGAUUCUGUUUUUCUAGAGCAUGGAUUGUCUUUAGAACAAGAGCAUGGUGGUGAGACUGGAGUAGUAACCUCUAUAGAAGCUGCUGCUACAUCUUCUAUGUCAACACCGACACCAAUGGAGCUUUGCAAUGAUUCUUAUUGGACUGAUAGAAUAAUUCAAAGCAUUUCUGAAGAGGAGACACUGUUGAAAAACCAGAAUGAAAGAGAUGAACUUAUGCCCGCUGCCGAAAUUAGCCCUGGUUUGGGUUUAAUGCAUCAAGAAACCAAUGGAAAUCUUGGAUCAGAACCUUCCAACCAUGUGGAACAUGUGAACGAUAGUUCUCCAACUUCUCUUACUCUGAAAUUUACAAACUUGGAUUCAGUUCCUACAACAACGGAUCUCAACAAGAUCUUUGGCCGCUUUGGGACACUAAUUGAAUCAAAGACUAAACUUCUCGAGAAGACUAACCGCGCCAAAGUUGUUUUUGAACGAUAUUGUGAUGCAGAAACUGCUUUUAGCAGUGCUGGAAAGUAUAGCAUAUUUGGACCUUCAUUACAAAGUUACCGCCUCAAGAUUUUGCCUCGUACACCAGAGAAAAGCACAGGAAAGCGAGGUAGAAAAAGCAAAAAAGAAAAAAGUUCUGUGGAUGCCGAUGCCGCCACAGUUUGAUGCCUUGACAAUUAGUGGUGAGUUUAUGUGAACAUCGACCGACAGUCUUAGUUUUAGUAUUUUGAUGAGCUGUUGAUUUGGCGAGCAAGCUAAUACAUAAAAUUGAGUAGCUCACUAAUUGACGAUGUAUAUAGAAAUCUUUUUGGGAUAGUAUCCAUUCCAUUUAAUUAUGAUGAUGGAUAUAUUUUGGGACUGAUAUGAACAAAGUUCAAAUUUUAACUUAGUAUGCGACUUUGUUUGACAAGUUAUAUUUGUGAAUACUUGUUCUGAAUUCCCAAGGUUUUGAUUACUGUGUU